GACUCACAGUGAAGAAGAAGGAGCAGCAGCAACCUCCUCUAGUCUUCUCCAGCCUCGGUGGCAUGGCCUGUGAAUGUAAACAGUUCCAUUGUUUACCGGAUUUGUAGACGGUUAUAGCUUGUUGCCAUCAUGGCUUGUUGCCUGGCUCUGCCUCAUAUUCCUGUUUUGCAUCCCCUGGGCCGCAAUAAAUAUUCAUACCUGAGAAAACCCUGCAUUUCGUUGCCAAAGCUUGGCUACGGUUCACUGAAUCGGAACAAGUUUCGACAUUUGUCUUCAAUUGAUGGCAACAAUACCGGUGGUAGAGGUUUGUCUGAUGCUGAAAGCUUCUCCUCUAAACCUGAAGAUUCAAGGGGGAAUAGUGAUAGUGGUCAAGGAGGUGCUGCCACAUCUAAUGAGACUUUGACGAAACUGAGGAGAUAUGGGAUUGCUGGAUUGUUGUCAUAUGGGUUAUUGAAUACUGCCUACUAUCUUACGACAUUUCUCAUCGUCUGGUUCUAUGUUGCUCCUGCGCCUGGAAGGAUGGGUUACCUUGCAGCUGCUCAGCGAUUUCUUAAAAUAAUGGCCAUGGUGUGGGCUGGUAGCCAGGUUACUAAGCUUAUUCGAGCUGGAGGAGCCCUUGCUCUUGCUCCUUUUGUGGACAGGGGAUUAUCUUGGUUCACUGUCAAGUUCCAUUUUAAGUCUCAGGGAAAGGCUUUUGCAGCAAUUGUUGGUGUUUGCUUGGGACUGGCUUUGGUUUUAUUUUUUGCUGUAACAUUGCUUUCAGCUUAAAGCCAAUUCUGUUCUGUUCUCAGACGUAUUGUAUGGAAGUCAUUAUCUUAUGAUAUUGGCAUCUUAACAAUUCCUGUCUUAACAAAUCAUUCUUUUGUUGUUCCUUUGUCCAUCAACUUCUUGUAUUUUCACUUGCUGCAUGCCGCAGUACUGCUAAUAAUUCAAAUACUGUUUUGUGUCCUGUCAAAAGAUAUUGAUGUUCCAGCUUGAAUAGUACCUUUCCCAGUUUUACAUACCUUUAAUGUUGUUUUCUGAAAGUUAGCAGAGAUGCUCAUAGAUUUGGUUUCGCCUCUUUUAGUAGUAAAAUUAUUCAGCUUGCAAUUG